GAAUCAUAGACCUCACCACCUAUAUCCUGCAACUUGAACAACGACGCAAUCUUAUUCUCGGGGAAUUAGAAACGUAGGAAGAAUCAUCAUGCGAUCAAUCCGACCCAUAGCCUCAGCGCUGCGCGCUCCGGCAUCAUUCAGUCCAUCGCGACAAGCGGCAUUGCCGUCACCCUGCCUCCUCUGCUUGCGCCGAAUACCAUCCCGACCAUCGCGCCGCCACCAAUCAACCGCAACGAACCCCUCCACCUCAACCGCGACUCCCGAUGGCCGCGGCAGCACUCCACAAUCCAUCCCUGAAACACACUUCGACUUCUUCCCGACCGCCAUUCCACAUGGACCGCCCCCAACGGGCCACUUUACCAUCGACAUCACGGCGCUCAAGCGCGAGUUCUUGCAGCUACAAGCGCGGGCCCACCCGGACCUGCAUCCGCCGGAGAGCAAGAACAAGGCGCAAGCUCUCUCUGCGCGCAUAAACGAGGCAUACAAGACACUCCAGAACCCGCUGCUGCGCGCGCAGUAUCUGCUUUCCUUGCGUGGCAUCGAGGUUGCUGAGGAUGAGGCAGCUACGGUUGACGACCCAGAGCUGCUGAUGGAAGUGCUGGAGGCGCGGGAGCGGAUCGAGGAGGCAGAGAGCGAGGAAGAGCUCGUCAAGAUGAAGGCGGAGAAUGACGAGCGGAUUGCGGAGAGUGUGCGGAUACUCGAGGGAGCGUUCAAGCAGGAUGAUGUUGAGAGCGCGAAGGGGGAGGCGGUGAAGCUGCGGUAUUGGAUCAACAUCAAGGAGGGUCUGGACAGCUGGGAGAAGGGAAAGCCGGUUGUGCUGGAGCAUUAGGCGUGCUUUGAAGCGAGUUGUAAGCUAGAUAGACGGCAUGAUACCCACAGCACAAAAGACGGUCGAUGAUAGACUCGGAAUGAAGCCACUUCCUCUCUUGAACUGUAAUAAGCUAC